CUUGUCUGGUUAUUCCCAAGAGACUGCAGUCAAUCUAGCUGAGAUUCUUGUAAAGAGGCAAGUAGCAAUAAAGAAACUUCUCUGAUCAGCUCAGUGUUGGUCUGGUUCCACUUCCCUCUGGGAACAGUCAGGGUUAAGGCUCUAUUUCCUUGCUAGUGCUCAUGUAUUAAUGCUUUUCCCCUGCUCCUCAGAACAGCCCUUCUGCCUUUUUCCACAUAACCCCCCAAAUUUGUUGUUGUCUGGGCAUUUCUUGCCGUUCUGAAGCUCCAAAAUUUCUGCCACAAUCCUUCCAUUUCUUCUGAGCCCCUCUUUCCUGUCCCUUCUCUUCUCUUUGGGAUGCCCAGCAGCAGUUCAGAACCAAACAGACACAAUUCCACCUGCCAAGAAACAGGGAAACGCCCAGCAGCUGAUCAGAAGGGAAACAGCUGCAUUUCUGUGUUGCAUCUGGCUGAGUCUCACAAGAGAAACCACUCCCGUUCAGGAACUGAGGUCUGAUCCUGCUCCACUCAGCACCAUCUUUCUACUGCAGUUCAGGAGCUGAAAGGCCUUCGGCAGAGUCAGGAGCUCCAGGAGGCCCCUGGGUUACUCAUCACCGACUCACAGCGACCCAGCGGGGGGGGGGGGAAUCAGCAACCCCUCCCUCCCCUUCUGCAAGUGCACGAGGCUCUGAGCCGCCAGUGUUUGUACAGGAGCGGAUCCGCUCUUGGAACCAAGUGAUCCAGAAAACACGCAGGCUUCCUGGCAACCGAUUUGCUGUGCCUGGGUGAGCAGUAAAGCGUGCCCAUCCUUGCGUUGGUUUUAAACCACCUGCUGGGAUCGGCCCUUCUCGUAACUUGCAAUAUACUCUUUAAGCAACUUUUCAACCGUGGAAUUCGAGGUGGGCUCCUUUCCCGUGCAGAGGAAGGUGUUAUUCCCAAGGUUUGGAUUGGGAGCCGCGGCAGCCCUCCACCCCUUGCAACAGGCGGGGGUCGACCUCUGCCUCCAGCGGGGAGGGGCCGGCAGGGUCGGAAAAGGCGGCGCGCAGUCGCAGAGAGGGCGGCGGGCAAAGGCGCAGGACGCGGGUCCGAGUCGGCAAGAGGGGGAGCGCUCGGAGCGCGGCACAGCCACGAGGGACGCUCCCGAAGCCGUUCGGGCGAGCGCUCGCAGACCCGAGAGAAAGCCCCGCCCCGCCCCGCGCAUGCAGGUGCGCGUGCGCAGACUUUCCCGCCCGGCGUCCUCGUCGCCUAGCAACCAGGCGCGCGCGUCUCGGCGGGCUCCCCUCCGGGAUGGCGCACCCGCGGAUCUCGGCCCAGCUGCCCCCCGACAUCGACCCUACCAAGGCGCCCGUGGCCUUCGGCCGCCGAGGCCUCCCCAAGCUCAACGAGGAGCUGCAGCACCCCGAGCUGCUGACGCGGCAGCGGGCCCUGAUGGCGCUCUGCGACCUGGUGCACGACCCGGAGAACGCUUACCAAGCCAUCGGCCUGGGUUUUCUAGAGAACUUGAAAAAGCUGCUUCUCGAUGAAGAUAAAACUGUGCGACAAAAAACUACAGAGGUCCUGUACAUAAUGGCGACACACAGCAUUGGCAGGACGAAUUUUGUAGAACAUGGAGUCAUCCCAGCACUGGCACAGCUUUUGAAUGAUCCUGUGCAUAUCUGUCGGUGGAACAUGCAUUAUGCGCUGAAACUACUAUCAGAAACACCUACAGUGGCCAUUGGGAUAGUGGAGAGCGGCCUGGUGCCAUCGCUGGUGGAGAAGCUGAAGACGGAGAGGGAGGACAUCCAAGAACUCAUCCUGGACACCCUAACAGGCUGCCUGCGAGUCGAAGCCUUCGAGGCCUUGGCGACAGGCGCCGUUUCUACCUUGAAGGAGAAGCUCCGGGACCCCUCCCUGGGCAUCAGGUGCAAGGCUGCCCAGGCCCUCAUGGCCAUCAGUGUCCCGUUGGAGGGGAAGAACAUGGUCUUCAAGGAAAACGUCUUCCCAGACCUGGUCACCCUGCUGGAAGAUGAGGAUGCCGAGGUGCGAGCCCACGCAGCUGGGGCCCUCAUGAAUUCGGCAGUGACAACCCAAGGGAAAUAUGCGGCUAUUAAUGCAGAAGCCAUUGAGUAUCUUCUGCCUUUGAUCCACGAUGAGAAGAGCAAAGUCCGCCUCUACGCCAUCAAGGCCCUGACCAUGUUGUCCGAAGCCCCAGAAGGCCGCAAGACCCUGUUGAAGUACGUGCCGGAAUUCCGGAAGCGGCUGCGCGACUCCAGUCCAGCUGUGCAGAGAGCAGCCCAGAUCGCCAUUCAGGUCAUCGAAUGGAAACCUUAGAAAGCCUCUCGGCAACUGGCAAUAAAGUGACAAGAGCUGUAUCGGA